AUGCAUGCGGCCGCAGAGGGACCGUUUCGGCCGUCGAACGGUUUCGGUGUUUUUAUUUUUGCUACCGAACGUUUCGGAUGUCGUUCGGCGAACGCCGAAUUCGACCUGCUGUCGCAGCGGUACACGCACGCAGCUGUUCGCGCAGCCGACCGUUUGCUGUUUUGCUCGUUAUAUCGCCGUCGUUUCGUUCGUAUGAAAAAUGUUUGUUUGCGUAGCAGAUAAACGGCGUACCGUCAUAGUACCUACACCCAUUUUUACGCAUCGGCGCGAGUUUAUCGGCGGAAUUCGAAUUCCGCAUAGGUACGCGGAUGGAAAGUUUUUUUCGAAUAGAAAUCGCCGUCACCGUCGUACGUUUCGCCGCGAGUUUCCGUGUACUGGCUGAAAUAGAAUGUGAAAAAUAUUCCAAAACUCGUACGCGUCGUGUAUGACGCAUACAAAACACCCGCGAUAUCGUUUAUGGUAGGCGUUUUUACGAAAACGGGCGAUGGAACGAAUAUUCGGUUUGCGCAUUAAACUAUUAAUUCGGCAAUUUCGUCACGGUUAUUAUGACGUAUGAUCGUCUAAAAAUGCGAAAAAGACAUGGUGUUUGUUAUAUAAUUAUACUAAUCGAGCCAUUUAGAAAGCCCGCAUUUAGGUUAGGCCGUUUCGAGUGAUUUAGCCGUUUGGCAACCGCGCCGUUUUCAUAAUGCCAUUAAGCAUUGUUUCCAGAAUUUAAUUCGCUUGCAUUGAAAACCACACGGAAUCGACUCGAGCCGUUCUUCUUCCCCGGGACCAAAGAUAGUGUAUAGUGACGUUCGUAAUAAUAAUUUGCCAAUUUUGCGUCGUCCGUUUACUGCGUUGUAUUAUUACUAUCUUUCUGUAUUUUUUCGCCUCUCUCGUUUUCACGCUCCAGUUUUAUAUUUCAACGAAACAAAUAUUAUUACUCGUGAUCGGUACCUGUAUAGGAACACACCGUACUCGUUUUUCGCUAAUCAUCUGCACCGUGCGACAUGCGCGCAAUUAUUAUUAACUAUGUAUACAUAUAUAUAUAUUGUAUAUUUAGGUAACGCGGCGACACGUUAUAUUCGAACAAAAAUUAUUAUUUGACUCGUAUUUCCGGUUGUUACGUCGUAUAAAAUAAUAUAUAACGAUUUUACUUAUACCUAUGUGUAUAACAUGACGUUUCUCGCUUUCUGACGACCGUGUGCGCAAUGUUAUCGUUAAAAUCGAGUGUAUUAUAUUGUUAUAAUGUUAUUACGCGUAGGUAAAAUAAUAAUAAUAAUAAUAAAAAAAGCGUAGAAAUUAUAUAGAAAGUAUAUGUUUUGUCGACGUUGUAUUUUAACGCGCGAUGACUAAUAUUAUUAAUUAUUAUCGUAGCUGAUGCGCACAACUUUUCAUUUUCAAGGUUAUUUGUCUACAUAAUAAUCUUCGGCGGACCUAUAAUUGGUACAGUGUCCGUUUUCUGUCGGUUAAAAAAUGAUUCUCGUGCAGCGUGUAUGCCUACACGUCAGUCGACGAUUACAAACAAUAUGUUUUCGAAGGCGCAUAAUAUACUAACCUAUUAAAUCAUACGGCCCCGAUAAACAUAAUGCAAGACACUUGUUAUUUCCGGAAAGUAUUACACAUUUUGUUCGGGAUUUGUUAACAAUCGGCUUUUAAAUGUUACAUUACCGUAAUUUUUUUUUCACUGUCCACUUUUGAUUUCAAAACAGCAAGCAAUAUUAAAAAUGUCAUAAAUAAAUGGAAUUUCGUUUUAAAUAAAACAUUUACUGUUGGAAAUUUUCAAUUUCCGUCAACCCGUUUGCCGAGAUAUUCCCCUUUUAAAUUUACGCUUUUGCUGGUCGGUGGGGAUUAGCGGAGCACUAUUCAAACGCGGCGAGCCGCGCUCACACACAAAUGAUACUCCACUAGCCAAAUUUAAAAGUGUUAUAUCUCGUUAAUAUCAACAUUUAUUCAAACCAAACUCCAUCUUUUUAUAAAAUGUUUUAUAUAGUCCGCUAUUUAAAAACAUAAAAACUUGGUAGAGAUUUCACCUCGUAAAACAAGGGUAAUCAAAAAUAACGAUAAUUUAUUUAAUUCUUACGGACGUAAAGUCUAUAACAGCAAUAUAAUUUGUAUACGAUGAUAUUACAUGGCACUUAAUGACUAAAUUUAAAUUGCUCUUAAAUUCAAUAAGUUGGUCGUUGCUAAAGAAAAAUAAAAUAACCCUACACAUUAUUUACAUAAAUACACCUUAAUAUUAAUCAUGGCCAAUAAUUCAGGGCUAUUUAUCGGAUUAUUGAGUAUUUUGUGCAAACAAUUAAAGUGAACAUUUUUUUCUUCUCGCUUCUAAAGUAUCUGAAUGUGAACAAUUAAGAAUCUACAUACCUAUAUACGGUGAAUGUGAUUAUGUAUACGACACAAAUGUUACAUUGUACAAUAAUAGUAUUUAAUAUUGCAUUUUAAAGCUACUUAUUUCUUAAACGGUCUAAAAAACAAACUUCGAAUUACGUUUCCGAUAUAACGAGUGUCUUACACUAUGUUGAUCACUCAGUAUUCUAUUGUAGUAUUAUUAUAGUGUUAUAUAUAUGCUACCAAGUGGAUAAUUUUUAUUUUAAUUCUCAAUAUAUACUUGCAGUGUUUGAAAUGAAAUAAUAUUUUAUUCCGACAAAGCCAUCGUGGUAAACGUUGAUAACAGUUGGCGAUUUAUCUUCCGCCUCCUCCAUAAAUCUAUUUUUCACACGUCUGUAUUAAAACUUGCGCCAUCAUUGCCGAUGCACACGUAUACAUGUUACGAUAUUAUAACCAAUUUGUAUGUUCGAUUUCGCGGAUCAUCGUGAAAAUUAUCUCCUCGCUAUAAUAAUAUGACUAUCGUAAAACUGAGUUUAUUUUUGGUUUAUCGAAGGACGUGCGUAGUGUUUCGUCAUUUUGGAGUCUGCAUCAUGAACGGCUCGAUGGUGAACGUCGCAAGGACUCGCCGGCGGGCUUCCGUUUAUGA